AUGAUACCUGGCAAGACUGCGGCGGCCAAUGACAUUGAAAGGCAGCAGCUGAUAGACGAAAAGAAAGUCUUCGGCGAGGUUACCGGCUGCACACCAAACGAGGGUCUUCAGUUUGGAUGCCUUCCACAAGCAUGGCUUGCAAUCUUGGUUUCACUUCUUCAGAUCUUCCUCUAUGCCCCUCUGGCGCUCGUUUCCAGAAUCUACUACGAGCGCUGGGUUGGCGCCAGGAUUCUCCUGAGGAUGUGCUGCCUGGGAAUGGAGCCAUGGACGGCAAACAUUGCUCUAAUGAUUGGCAUGGGGAACUUGUACCACAGCCUCAAGUUGCAGGAGUGCUCAGUCCCGUCCAAACGGCUGCAGGGAAGCCAUCAAAGGAUCAAGAACUCCUUCAUGAGUGACGUGCUUGGCAGUGACUUUAUCAUGGGCGAAGGAGAUUACGAUUGCUGGAUGCCGUGGUGGAUCCGCUGGCUUGGAACGCAGGUGCUUUCACGAUUGGCGUUGCUUUACUACCCGAACACUCUCGAACCCGAUAAGCUUAUCAGAUGCGACAAACUUGACUUCGAGGAGAUAUGUGGAACGACUAUAGAACGAUUCGGAAAGCAAUUUGGUGCCCGUGUAGAUCUGUCUGCAGAACGGCACUCGGAGCUUGGGGCCAUUCGAUUGUGCACUCAAGGUUUGGGAGCAUUCGCCUUGCAAAAAAGAGGCUCCUCAUAUGUGGUGGAUUACAGUUCCAUGGAAGAAAUGCCUGUUAGAGAGGGCUACAUGAGGAUGGGUGGCUGCAUGCGACUGUCUUCGUCUCUGGCCCAUGUAGAAGGACUCGACCUUUUCGGCAAGACCUACCUCCCGACGGAUCCGGCCUGGGCUGGUGCUCUGCACAUUUUCCGGUGCACCUGCGGUGCGGCUCUGAUCUUCUAUCCCCACACCAUCUCAUGCCACUACCUUCGCGGCGGCUUCACUGCUACGGUUGUGCGCGAGAUGGAUCCUGAUCAUGCGUGGCGAAGGGUUCUGACGCCCUUCACAGUGAUGACUCUUCAUGUCAACUGGGGAGCCAAGAGCAUCAUCUCCGGUCCGGGCGCAAUCUUUGAUCGCCUAGGCCCCUUCUCUCAGUGGUCCACUCAGGAAUUAUUCAGGUCAGCCUGUCGGCAGUUCCGAAUCGAAAGCUUCGCAAGCAACCUGCGGCGAAGAGGGGUGAGGGACCUCAGAAGACAAGAAUACGCAUAUGGAUACUGGGGCCUCAAGCUGUAUUCGAUUUUUGAGACUUUUGCAAAGGAGUACAUAGAGCAGUACUGGCCUACCGAUGCAAGUGUCACUGCAGACGCCGAACUGCUCUGGUUCUUUGAUCAAUACAGUCGCCUCUUGCCGGAGAUCUGUGAACACGCUCCUUCUGGCCGUGUCUCCACACAAGAAGAGCUUGUCACAUUCUUAGCCUCGCAUAUCUGGGAGGUGACUGCUGCGCAUGAGCACAGCGGCCAUGUAGGUGAUCUCCUGCGACAGUAUGAUAUGUUCCACACCCAUGUGGUUGAAGGGAAUCUGGC